UUCCCGCGAGGUGGUUCUGGGCUCCUCCUCGGCGCUCAGGUUUCCUCUUCCCGCCCGCCGGCUGCUGGCUCCGGCGCCGCCUCCUUCUCCCUCCCUCCCCACUGCUGGGGCCGCUCUGCGCCCUCGGCCCGCCUCGCCCCCGCCCGGGCCUCCUCCCGCUCGCUCUCUCCCUUCCCCUCGAGCCUCCGAGGAGCCCGCAGCCGCGGGGCACCCGGGAAGAUGGCGGCGGCGGGAGGCGGCGGCGGCGGCGGCGAGGGGGGCGCCGGCCUGGGCGGCGCGGCGGGGCCCCAGCCGGGGUCUGGGCGGCCCGGGCCCGGCCCGUCCGCCGAGGCGCGCGACGACGUCCGGGGCCCCGCGCCCGCCCCGCUGCAGCCGGAGGAGGUCGCGGCGCGGCUGCAGCGGAUGCGCCGGGAGCUGAGCAACCGCAGGAAAAUCCUGGUGAAAAACCUGCCCCAGGACAGCAACUGCCAGGAAGUUCACGAUUUAUUACAAGACUAUGAGUUAAAGUAUUGUUAUGUAGACAGAAAUAAGCGAACAGCUUUUGUUACCUUAUUGAAUGGUGAACAAGCCCAGAAAGCAAUUCAGACGUUUCAUCAAUAUUCUUUUCGAGGAAAAGACUUAAUAGUCCAGCUCCAGCCAACAGAUGCUUUGCUGUGUAUUACCAACUUACCCACUUCUUUUACAUUAGAAGAGUUUGAAGAACUCGUUCGUGCUUAUGGAAAUAUCGAGAGAUGUUUUCUGGUCUACAGUGAAGUCACUGGCUGUUCCAAAGGCUAUGGAUUUGUGGAAUACAUGAAGAAGGACUUUGCUGCAAAGGCUCGGUUAGAGCUAUUGGGUAAACAGUUGGGAGCAUCAGCUCUCUUUGCACAGUGGAUGGAUGUUAAUCUAUUGGCUGCAGAGCUCAUUCAUUCUAAGUGCCUUUGUGUAGAUAAACUCCCUAGUGACUACAGGGAUUCAGAGGAGCUGUUGCAAUUUUUUUCCAGUAUCCAUAAACCUGUGUUUUGCCAGCUUGCACAGGAUGAAGGUAGUUAUGUUGGUGGCUUUGCGGUGGUUGAAUAUAGCACUGCGGAGCACGCCGAAGAGGUUCAACAAGCAGCUGAUGGUCUGACCAUCAAGGGAAGCAAAGUUCAAGUUUCCUUCUGUGCCCCAGGAGCGCCCGGGCGAAGUACAUUAGCAGCACUAAUAGCAGCUCAGCGUGUGAUGCACAGUAACCAAAAGGGCUUACUUCCAGAGCCAAAUCCAGUGCAAAUUAUGAAAAGUUUAAACAACCCAGCCAUGUUACAAGUUCUCCUACAGCCCCAGCUCUGCGGACGAACUGUUAAACCAGCAGUUCUUGGAACACCUCACAGCUUGCCACCUCUGAUGAAUCCAUCCAUCUCCCCUGCAUUUUUACAUUUGAAUAAAGCGCAUCAGAAUCUUUCUACUGUACCAUUGGCACAGCAACAGUUAAUGAAGUUUGAGAAAAUUCAUACUAAUAAUAAACCGGGCUUACUUGGCGACCCCCCAGCUAUGGUUCUUCAUACUGCCGUAGGGAUAGGGUCACCGCUCCCGUUGAAAACAGAGUUGGGCCAUCUUGGAGAAGCACAUAAAACAUCUAAUCUGAUUCCAACCCAAACAACUGUAACACCUGGCAUGGGCUUGUUACCCUUCCUUCCAAAUCAGCACGUGGCUGGACAGACUGGGCCAGGCCCUGGGAACACUCAGGACAAACAACCAGCCGUGGUGGGGUUGGCAGAAGGAAGUCUCUCAGGAUCACAGGCUUAUCUUCAGAACUUUCCAAACCUUACUGCUGGAGGCUUGCUCAUGGGACAUCAUAAGCAACAACAAAGUCAGACAAAAAGCACAGAGGCUGCCUCUAAGAAUCAGACUUCACUCUUGGGAGAACCACCAAAAGAAAUUCGGCUCAGUAAAAAUCCAUACUUGAACUUGGCAAGUGUGUUGCCCAGUGUGUGCUUAUCAUCCCCUGCAAGUAAAACCACCCUACAGAAGACUGGAAUUGCAGGCAACAUUCUGGAGGCAAUCUCUCAGGGAAAUGAAUCACAACACACAUUGGAAAAGUGCAUCGUUUAUUCUCCACCUUUUGGUGAUUAUGCACAGGUGUCAUCUUUAAGAAAUGAAAAGCGAGGCUCAUCGUAUCUCGUCUCUGCCCCAGAAAGCGGUUCAGUGGAAUUUGUUGACCAGCAUUCUCAGGGCACAGGAGCAUAUUACAUGGAAACCUACUUAAAAAAGAAGAGAGUGUACUGAGUUAAGUUCUCUCUUUCUUAAACUCAUAAGGUUCUUUGCAGUAUCUCUGCUGUUCAUUGCUGCCUUAACUAUACAUUCAGACUAGCCAUAUCCUUUAAAUACGGGUUCAUAACUUCCCAGAGGAACUGUGUUGUGCAGCAGGCAGAAUUGCCAAAUAAAAAAAUAAGUAGCAAUAAGAAGAGCCAUCAAUUGAGGACAUUUUCCACUAAAAGUAGAUGCAUCUUAAUCAACGUGAUACUAACGUACAGUCAGUCCAUUGGAGAAAUUAACAUGUUACAACACUCCCUGUUUAUUUUAGGACUGGGAAUCAUUUUGACACCAUCUAUAAAGAUUUUGAGCAAUAAAUGAAGGAAACAGUCUUUUUUCCUGAGCCUUAGAAUGAAUUUGAUAAGCCAAUGUGCAUUUCAAUUUACUUUCCCUAGACGUAAUCUCAUUUACGGAUUUUUAGCACUCUUCCUAGAACUAUAAGCGUGCAAGUACAAAAUUCAGUGAUGAUAACGUUAUAAAGAUGCUCUACAUGCAACCUGAAUUAUUAUCCCCAACCAGUCAUGCAAUAUAAAACUCAGAGAGUGAUAGUGACCUCCAAGGUAUAUGUACUAUACUGCUACAGAGGCUUCACUCUUCAGUAUGUUAUUUACAUUUAUACCCCUUGUGAAAAACACAAGGUAUUUUUUUUAAAGUAGUUUUGGGUGAUCUAAUUUCAGGGGUUGGCCAACUACUCCCUGUGGUCAAAUUCAGCCUGCCACCUGUUUUUCUACUGCCUGCAAGCUAAGAAUGAUGUUUAUACAUUUUUAAAAAUUUGGAGGGGGAGAAAAAACGUGACUUGAAAAAUCAUAUGAAAUUCACAUUUCAGUGUCCAUACAUGAAAUCUGAUCAGAGCACACCUCGCUCAUUCACUUACAUAUCACCUGUGGCUACCUUUCAUGCUACAACGGCACAGCUGAGUCACUGUGACACAGACCAUAGGACCUGCAAAGCUAGCUGGCCCUUUACAAAGCUCACAGAUUCCUGAUCUGAUGUCCUUGAUUCUCUGAUCCUUUUAUUUCACACCUAAAAAGCAUGCCCUGGAAGUGGCAAGGAAUAUAGGUUUCUGUGUCUCAAUUCAUAGCAUAGUGAUGAUCAGUUUACUAGAAGAAGGCGUAUUUUGGUCAUCAAGUGAUCUACUUCCACAACAAUAUAUUAAGUAAGUCAGUCAGUUCUGCCCUUUCUGAAGGAGUCUUAUGGAGUAACAGUAUUUAUAACCAUUUUGCGAUUCUAUGUGCUUUGUCUCAUUCUUUUGCAGUCUGUUUCAGCUGAAAUAGUCUCAGCUAUUGAACCCAAUUUACUUUUGAAAGAACUGUGUUUACUGCACAUAACUUUUGACAUCACCACUUCCUGAAGACCUUGGUAUGAAAUGCAUGAGAAGCCCUUUUGCUAUCUAAAAAUCUUUGAGAUUGUCCCUUGUUAUGAGACACUAAUUGAUGAUGUGGAGUUCAGGGGAUCUCGUGAUUCCUGGUCUUUUUGCAAUCAGAUCGUUGACUAUCUUGUAUCUGGGGGACUGAGAAGGUAUUGCUCCUGUUUUAAUUAUGACUUUUAAAAUUGGUACAUAUGUCGUAUGAUUUGUAAAGAAUUUUACUUGGUCUAAUUUAUUGCAUAUAUUAACUUCUCCUGGCAAAUGACAGCUAGAAAGUUAAACUAAGAUCAUUUCUAAAAAGUAUACUACCUAUAAAUAACUGACCAGGAUAGGCAUCAUUCAGUUCUGACUCAGCAGAUGACUAAUGGACUCUCCACACUCCGCACUUUCUCCCAUUUUCCUGUUGCAUUAAUAAGCCUCUUCAGUGCUUUGGCACACCUCUGUGUCAGUACAAAUACAAGAAAGGGAAGAUGGUGAAUUGAAAAAAUGAAAGCAGAACUAGGUCUAAAGAAUAAAAAGGUAUCUCGGCUUAGCACACACAGGUCUGCCAGUCCACACUGGCCUGUGCCUCGUCGUCCCUGGACAUUAACAGAUCAGUACAAACCAAGUGGUGUUUAUUAAUAAGGACCAUUACCAAGCCCCCCCCCAUAACUGUUAUUUUUCUAUGUAAAUGAAUUGUUUGAACUGCUUUGAAAAUGAACUCUUAAUAUUAAAAGGCAUAUGCAUGUGAAGUCUCUAGUACAUUUAUUUGUAUAAAGAGUAAACAAAGUGCAUAUAGAGUGGCCACAGGUUUGACAGACAGAGACCGUGGUGAUGGAGGGUUAUUGGACAGAUUUGAAUGGCAAGUUUGUUGUUGCCAUUGAAUCAGUACAUCACUUUUUCAGGCUCAAAGGUGGAAAAGUAACGGUAUCAAACAAAUGCUAGCCAGCAUCAACGAAAAAUGUUUUUCAGACUCGUGGUCAGAAAGCUCUUACGGUUCA